CGCCUCGGUCAUUCACUCGGUCUGGACCGAACCUGUUCGGUUCUGUCAGCCAGCUCGUCCCGCUGGGUCCACCUUGUUCUGUUUCUUUGCCAGAACAGGACAAAUAAACGAAUCGCCGCCGCUUCAGCACACCUGUUCUGCGUUAUUUCUGCUCGUCGUAGCUUUGGAUGUGCAGGCGGGGUGUACGUCGGGAUGUAACGGGGGUGUUGUCCUGUUUUUGUUAGCUAGGCGGACACAUCCCUUCACCCAGCCCGCCGCUUCAAUCACUGCAGGCGGACACCGCAUUUAUUCGAGGCGCUGUUUCGCGAGCUAGCGGGUUAGCAGCUGCGUUUCGGACUAAUUUAGCCGAGAUUGGGCUGAUGUUGGACUAAGGUUGGGGAGACGUCAGCUGUCACGGAUUAUUUGGAUGCCGCAGGUUGACACUCGGACACUCCUGGCUCCAGUCCCCGUGGAUGAAUCUCGUGAUUUGCGGUGAACAUCCGGGUGAAGAGUCGCUGCUCCGCUCGGCUGGGGGGACAACUUGACAGCGAGGCCCCUGGAUCGUCUCCCCUCCCCCAGCCGCGUCCAUCCACCCAUCCGUCCCACACCGGCCUGACCGCAGCCUGCACGGACCCGGAGAGAAGCUGACACCGCGAAGCUGAGGUGUUGUUCGGGUCCCGUUCGAACCGGGCUGCCGAAACCAGGGGAGGAUGACUCUGGAGUCCAUGAUGGCUUGCUGCCUGAGCGAGGAGGCGAAGGAGUCGAAACGAAUCAAUGCAGAAAUCGACAAACAACUCCGCCGAGACAAGCGGGACUCCAGGAGAGAACUGAAAUUGCUACUGCUCGGUACGGGAGAAAGUGGCAAAAGCACCUUCAUCAAACAGAUGAGGAUCAUUCACGGUGCUGGUUACUCAGAUGAAGACAAGAGGGGCUUCAUUCGUCUUGUUUACCAAAACAUCUUCACCUCCAUGCAGGCCAUGAUCCGCGCCAUGGAGACCCUCAAGAUCCCGUUCAAAUAUGAACAGAACCGCGCCAACGCCAUGCUUGUUAAGGAGGUGGAUAUUGAGAAGAUCAACGGGUUUGACCAGCACUACGUUGUAGCUAUUAAAAGCCUGUGGGCUGACCCGGGCAUCCAGGAGUCUUACGACCGUCGCAGAGAGUACCAGCUCUCUGACUCAACUAAAUAUUACCUUAGUGACAUAGACCGUGUGACUGCAGAGGGAUAUGUUCCCACCCAGCAGGAUGUGCUGAGGGUCCGCGUUCCCACCACGGGUAUAAUAGAGUACCCAUUUGAUCUGGAGAACGUCAUCUUCAGGAUGGUGGAUGUUGGGGGUCAGAGGUCAGAGAGGAGGAAGUGGAUUCACUGCUUUGAGAAUGUCACUUCUAUUAUGUUCCUUGUGGCCCUGAGUGAGUAUGACCAGGUCCUGGUGGAGUCCGACAAUGAGAACCGUAUGGAGGAGAGUAAGGCUCUGUUCAGGACGAUCAUCACCUACCCCUGGUUUCAAAACUCCUCAGUCAUCCUCUUCCUCAACAAGAAGGACCUGUUGGAGGAGAAGAUCACCUACUCGCAUUUGGUUGAUUAUUUUCCUGAGUUCGAUGGUCCUCAGAGAGAUGCUCAGGCAGCGCGGGAGUUCAUCCUCAAAAUGUUUGUGGACUUGAACCCAGACAGCGACAAGAUCAUCUACUCCCACUUCACUUGUGCCACGGACACUGAGAACAUCCGCUUCGUGUUUGCAGCUGUCAAAGACACCAUCCUGCAGCUCAACCUCAAAGAGUACAACCUGGUGUGAGGGCUCAUGUGGUGCACAUCUCCAUUGCACAAAGGCCCUCCUGCAGGACGGUGCCAUCAACUCCACAUGCAUCCCGCAGCACACGACUCCGGCUCUCACACACGGUCAUACGCAAACAGAACUGUUGCUGUUUUUCUUUCUUCUUCUUUUCAGUGCAGUGUAUUUACAGAUCCUC